ACUCGGCCUGAACGGAUGGACAAGAAACUGCUGGCUGUGCCAGCUGCCAACACCGUCCGCUUUCGCUGCCCAGCCGCUGGCAACCCCACGCCCUCCAUCUCCUGGCUGAAGAACGGCAAGGAGUUCCGUGGCGAGCAUCGCAUCGGAGGCAUCAAGCUGCGGCACCAGCAGUGGAGCCUGGUCAUGGAGAGCGUGGUGCCCUCAGACCGCGGCAACUACACGUGCGUGGUGGAGAACAAGUUCGGCAGCAUCCGGCAGACGUACACGCUGGACGUGCUGGGGGUGGGGGCACCAAGUUGGGACGGUUGCGACAUUCGAAAACCCAAAGAGAAACAUCUGUUCAGAGACAAGACGUCCUGGAUCAGUGAGAGUGUGGAGGCUGACGCGCGCCUCCGCCUGGCCAAUGUGUCGGAGCGGGAUGGGGGCGAGUACCUCUGUCGAGCCACCAAUUUCAUAGGCGUGGCCGAGAAGGCCUUUUGGCUGCGCGUUCACGGGCCCCGAGCAGCUGAGGAGGAGCUGGUGGAGCCUGACGAGGCCGGCAGCGUGUACGCGGGUGUCCUCAGUUACGGGGUGGGCUUCUUCCUCUUCAUCCUUGUGGUGGCAGCCGUGACUCUCUGCCGCCUGCGCAGUCCCCCCAAGAAGGGCCUGGGCUCGCCCACUGUGCACAAGAUCUCCCGCUUCCCGCUCAAGCGACAGGUGUCCCUGGAGUCCAGCUCGUCCAUGAGUUCCAACGCGCCACUGGUGCGCAUCACCCGGCUGUCCUCGGGAGAGGGCCCCGCGCUGGCCAACGUAUCUGAGCUUGAGCUGCCUGCCGACCCCAAGUGGGAGCUGUCCCGAGCUCGGCUGACCCUGGGCAAGCCUCUUGGGGAGGGCUGCUUCGGCCAGGUGGUCAUGGCGGAGGCCAUCGGCAUCGACAGGGACCGGGCCGCUAAGCCUGUCACCGUGGCGGUGAAGAUGCUCAAAGACGAUGCCACGGACAAGGACCUGUCGGACCUGGUGUCUGAGAUGGAGAUGAUGAAGAUGAUCGGGAGACACAAGAACAUCAUCAACCUGCUGGGGGCCUGCACGCAGGGCGGGCCCCUGUAUGUGCUGGUGGAGUAUGCGGCCAAGGGCAACCUGCGGGAGUACCUACGGGCGAGGCGGCCCCCGGGCAUGGACUACUCUUUUGAUACCUGCAAGCUGCCGGAGGAGCAGCUCACCUUCAAGGACCUGGUGUCCUGCGCCUACCAGGUGGCCCGGGGCAUGGAGUACCUGGCCUCCCAGAAGUGCAUCCACAGAGACCUCGCUGCCCGCAAUGUGUUGGUGACAGAGGACAACGUGAUGAAGAUCGCAGACUUUGGCCUGGCCCGCGAUGUGCAUAACCUUGACUACUACAAGAAGACCACCAAUGGCCGGCUGCCCGUGAAGUGGAUGGCGCCCGAGGCCCUGUUUGACCGCGUCUACACGCACCAGAGUGAUGUCUGGUCCUUUGGGGUCCUGCUCUGGGAGAUCUUCACACUGGGGGGCUCGCCGUACCCUGGCAUCCCCGUGGAAGAACUCUUCAAGCUUCUAAAGGAGGGCCACCGCAUGGACAAGCCAGCCAACUGCACACAUGACCUGUACAUGGUCAUGCGGGAGUGCUGGCAUGCAGCGCCCUCCCAGCGGCCUACCUUUAAGCAGCUGGUGGAGGACCUGGACCGCGUCCUCACCGUGACGUCCACUGAUGAGUACCUGGACUUGUCAGCGCCCUUUGAGCAGUACUCCCCGGGUGGCCAGGACACCCCCAGCUCCAGCUCCUCGGGGGACGACUCCGUGUUUGCCCACGACCUGCUGCCCCCAGCCCCACCCAGUGCAGCAGACAGAGUGCAGGACGCUCAGAAACACAAACAGAACCAGGGAGGAGUCCGUACCAGACCUCGGCCAACGCUGCUGGACCUGACAAUGGCACCCACAGACCCCCCCAUGCACAAAGCUCUGCAGCAUCCAGGAGGCCAUGGCUUUCCAGGGCCAGGGCAAAGGGGACGAGGGACUGCUGCCCAGGGCGGGGAUGUUACAGUACCCAGGGAGGGCAGGGAGGACGAGGACAAGGACUGCACAGCCACCUGGGCCCAAGAUGCCGCUCAUACAAGACUCUAUCCUGUGGACACAUUUGGCAACCGCAAAGCAUCCUCUCACAAUUGGCCCUCCAUGUGCUGUGGCAAUGUCUUCCAGUUCCUACAUGUGAAGCCUGGAAAGGACAUUCUUACCAGGAACUAA